GUUCUCCAUCUUCAAAUCUCCUUCAAGCUGUCAAAGUCAUGUCUCGCGAGUAUGAUGAAUUUGACUAUGAGAGGCAAUCAAAUUUUGAUACUGUUAGCUCUCAAGCUGCCUCUGUCUCGGUUGAUGAUGCUAGUAAUACCGGCACUAUCAAUCCUUCUGUUAAUAAACGUCAAAGAACCGCAGGUAUAUGGAAGCAUUACACUUUUUUUGUAAAGACGAUAGGUAAUGAAAAUGUUGAUUAUGCUCGUUGUAAUUUGUGUGGCAAAGAAUAUAAAGCACCUGGUAAAGCGGGUACUUCAACUUGUAAAUCUGAGAGAAAUUUUAAAAAAACAAAAGCUAUAAUUUUGAAGUUGCUUGAACUUGUUAUGAGCUGCUGCCUGCUGGUAGUGCUUUUGCCUUUUGGUUGUUGUCUCUGCUGAGUUGUUAUUGCCUAUAUUGUUGCCUGCAUGAGCUGGUUCCUGCCUCCUGCCAGCUUGAGGUGCUGUGUUGCUGCCUUUUGUGUUAUGAAUUUAUGAUAAGUUUUGUUGCUGCUGUUUCUUAUGCUUGCUGUUUUAAUUUUUCUUGAA